AUGACUCUUACCACUGGCAAAGCCCUUGACCUCGGCCAUGUUGAGAAUGUCAAGCAGGCUGCGGCUCUGACCGAACUUGAGAGCUGUAGCCGUCCUGAGGAAGAGAACCUCCCUCUCUAUGGCGACUACGAGACGAAGCGAAUUUUACGCAAGAUUGACUGGCGGCUUCUUCCUCUCCUGACACUGCUCUAUGUCCUUUCGUUCCUGGAUAGGGGCAAUAUCGGUAACGCCAGGGUCGCUGGUAUGAACAAAGACCUGGGCCUUAAUGAUACGGAAUACCGCCUGGCUCUGACGAUGUUCUUCGUCCCGUACGUCCUCUUCGAGGUCCCGAGCAACAUGAUCCUGAAACUCAUGAAGCCAUCAAAUUGGAUUGGUAUCUUGGUGGUGAUCUGGGGCACCGUCAUGACCUGUCAGGGCCUGGUACAAAACGCCGGUGGUCUCAUUGCGACUAGACUCCUGCUGGGCGUCUUCGAGGCCGGCUUCUUCCCCGCCGCUAGCUACCUCCUUGGCGAUUGGUAUUGCAGGUUUGAUAUCCAGUGGCGCUUUGGCUUGUUCUUCUCGGCCGCCUCUCUAGCCGGGGCUUUCUCUGGUCUCCUUGCCUUCGCGCUGCAGAAGAUGGACGGUCUCGGGAAUCUAGAGGGAUGGCGAUGGAUCUUCAUCAUAGAGGGUAUCGUGACCGUGGUGGUCGGCGCGGCUGUUCCCUGGAUCCUGCCAGAUUCGCCAGCCACAGCUAGCUUCUUGAAUGCUGACGAGAAGGCCUUGAUCAAGCACCGAUUGGAGCAGGAUUCUGGCACUUCCGCUGGAAAAGUCUCAACAGGAGAAGCUUUUCAAUGGGCCUUCGUCAAGUCCGCCCUGUUCGACUGGAAGAUUUGGUUCACUGUCUUCAUUUUCUGGGGAAACACUAUUCCGCUCAAUGCUUUCAUCUUCAUUGCACCGACUAUUAUCCACCAGUUAGGGUACACUGCUGCCGAGGCUCAGCUGAUGACGAUCCCGAUCUACGUGACCGGCUUCCUCACCACGAUAGGAGUCUCACGGCUUGCUGACCGGCGGCAACGGCGCUGGCCCUUCAUUGUUGGACCAUACGCAGUGGCUCUGUGUGGUUUCAUUGUUCUCAUCUCCAUCCCCCACCCGAGACUGCCCGGCCUGACGUAUGCUUUUCUCUUUGCCAUUCCCGCCGGUAUCAACCCCGCCGUAAUUACCCUCGUAUCUUGGGUGUCCAACAACCUUUCACCAACCUGGAAGCGAGCCGUUGGCAUGGCCCUGACUCUCAGCUUGGGCAACAUGGGCGGUCUUGUCGGCUCCAACAUUUUCCUGGCCCAUGAAGCGCCCCGAUACUGGACCGGCUACGGCAUGUCCCUGGCUUGCACGGCGGUCGGCAUUAUCUGCACUAUCGUUCUGCGCUACGUCUGGGACAGGGAAAACAAGAAGAGAGACAGGAUCUCUGAAGAGGAGGUCAGAGCUAGGUACACGGAGCAGGAACUGCUUGAUCUUGGGGAUCGUUCUCCUCUUUACAGAUAUGUUUUGUAA